CGAAGUCGAAAAUUCUUUUUAGUCCCUCUCUCCCUCGCUGUACGUUUCAGCCGAAAAUAUUCUGUCCUCUGCGUUUCUCUUCUCUCCUUCUCCCUCCCCUCGUCUUUACUCUUCCCGCCGGCAGCACCCAAUUCCUUCAGCAAGCGGCGGUGCACGACGGCGCGAUUUCCAUCUCCAGCGACGAACAACCGCAUUUUCCCCAGCCUGUUUUUAGGGUUUAUCAGAAGGUUUGGAGCCUUAAUUCACUCCCCACUUCGUUUGUCAGCUGGAAGCGACUCUGAAAGUAUUUUGAACGAAAACGGUUUUAAAUGGGUGUAUCGGAUAAAGAUGAUCCCUUCUUAAAUGAAGAUACAAUGGAAUAUGAUGAUCUUGAUAGCGAGGAUUCUGAUUUUGAAUCUGAAUCUGAUUCCGAAGAAGACAAAGAUGUGAAAUUGUCUGAACCAUCAAAGACUGCUAUACAUAAUGCAGACGGUCUCCUUGAUAAGCUUGGAGAUAUUAGCUGGCCGGAAAACGCGGGAUGGAUACACAAGCUCUCUCUUGAUAUUGAUCAAGAAAAAGAGGUGGAUGUGAAUGAUGAUCUAGCUAGAGAGCUUGCAUUCUAUACACAGGCUUUGCAGGGGGCAAGGAUGGCCUUUGAGAAAUUUCAAUCUUUAGGACUCCCAUUUCUCAGACCUUCAGACUAUUAUGCAGAGAUGGUGAAGACAGAUACUCACAUGGAGAAAGUGAAAGGUCGGCUGCUGGCCGAGCAGAGAAAGAUGGAGGAGGCCGAGGAAAGAAGGAAAGCUAGAGAAGCGAAGAGAUUAGCCAAGGAGAUUCAAGCCCAGAAGCUAAAGGAGAGGGCUAAGCAGAAGAAAGAAGAGAUUGAAUCUGUCAAGAAAUGGAGGAAGCAAAGGCAAAAGAGUGGCUUUGCUGGAGGCGACAAAGGUGGUGAGAUGGACUUGGCCUUUGAAGAUGGAAAAGCAUUUGAGAGGUCCGGUAAGAAGAGGCCGGGGGUGUCUCCGGGUGACCGCUCCGGAGGGAAGGCAAGACAUGGAGGUGGAAAAGGAAAAAAUCCAAAGAAGAAGAGAGACUUCAGAGAUUCCAAGUUUGGCUUUGGCGGGAGGAAAAGUUUGAAAAAGCAGAACACAGCCGAGACAACAAAUGAUAUUAGGAGCUUCAACAAAGGAACCUUGUCAAGUAACAAAAAGAGGAAGAGAUCGUAAACUAGUGCUGCAGUUUUUUUCAGGUGGGGGAUGGUGGUCGAUCUAUAAAUUUAACUUUUCAAAAAUUUCAUUCUGUAAUGCUGUGAUCAUUUGUGGUAAUCCUAGAAGAUGUUGAGUCUUA